AUGGGGCAAGAAUCGGUGCUGUCUUCGAUUAGAAAGCAAUAUUGGAUUGUUAAGGGAACAGCAGCGGUGAAACGAGUGAUAAAGUCGUGUGUUAUUUGUCAGCGAAGGAAGAAACGACUCAGUGAGCAGUUUAUGGCCAACUUGCCAGAAACAAGGCUCAUCCCAAAUAAACCGCCUUUUACGUAUGUAGGCGUUGAUUAUUUUGGACCACUCCAAGUUAAACAAAAACGAUCGACGGUGAAAAGGUACGGGUGUAUUUUCACUUGCUUUACUACCCGUGCUGUACAUAUUGAAAUAUCACACUCAUUAGACACUGAUUCGAUGUUAAAUGCGCUGAGAAGAUUCGUAAGUAUUCGUGGGUGUCCGGAACAAAUCAGGAGUGAUCGUGGAACAAAUUUUGUGAGCGCUAACAAGGAAUUGAUGGAAUGUAUGAAACAAUGGAGCGAGGAGAGAAUCGACAUGUUUUGCUCACAAAGAAACAUCCAGUGGAUCUUUAACCCACCGUCAGCCAGUCAUAUGGGCGGGGUAUGGGAAAGAAUGAUACGAUCAGUACGACAAAUACCACGAGCAGUCUUAAAGGAACAGCUGGUCACAGAUGAAGUGCUACUUACUGUAAUGGCAGAAGCAAUGAACAUUUUGAACUCUCGUCCUCUAACAAGAAAUAGCGAUAGCCCUUUGGAUUUGGAACCAUUAACUCCGAAUCACCUACUGCAUUUGAGACCAAGCUCUAGUCUACCCCCUGGUGUAUUUCGCAAGGAAGAUUCGUACAGCAAUCGUGCAUGGAGACAAGCGCAAUACUUAGCAAAUGUCUUUUGGCGGCGGUGGACGAAGGAGUACUUGCCGACGUUAAUAGAAAGAAGAAAGUGGAAUUCGCCAAAGGAAAAUCUGAAAGUUGGUGAUGUGGUUUUAUUAGCCGAUGAAACAUAUCCGCGCGGACAGUGGCCGUUGGCAGUAGUUGUCGAGGCGGGAUUAAGUAGAGACGGAUACGUUCGGACGGUGAGGGUGAAAACAAGUUCAACCGUAGCGACAAAAGCAAAGCGAAACAGAAAGGACGAACACAAGACAAGUACAACAAUUCUGACGCGUCCUGUGACGAAGUUGUGUGUGUUAGAGAUGGACGGACAAGUUAUUCCAGACGAAACGUCAGAAGUGAUGUGA